CAGUGCAGCUUGCUCUGUGCGAGACCCCGUCAAGGGAAUUUGGGAGGACGGCUGCCGCGCCACCAGAGGGUUUGCGCCUUGACGCCGGUGCUCAGCUGCCGGCUGCUGCCCCCACAGCCAGAUCCAGCCCUAGAAGUGGCCGGGCACUGCCUCUCUGGCUUCCUCCACCAUGUCUGAGCCAGAGGACGAUGGCGAAACCUGUUGGAAUAAUUUGGAGAACUUCCGCGUCAAGCUGAUUUCCGUGAUCGACCCUUCCAGGAUAACGCCUUACCUCCGGCAGUGUAAAGUCAUAAACCACGAUGACGAGGAACAAAUACUCAAUGACCCCAGCCUGGUGAUCAGGAAAAGGAAAACGGGGCUGCUCCUGGACAUUCUCCAACGGACAGGCCAGAAGGGCUUUGUGGCCUUCCUGGAAAGCUUGGAGCUGUACUACCCGCAGCUUUACAAGAAAAUAACAGGCAACGAGCCCACCAGGGUCUUCUCCAUGAUCAUAGACACAGCCGGGGAGUCCAGCCUGACCGAGCUGCUGAUGAGCGAGAUCUUGAAGCUGCAGGGCACCAUCUGUGAGGAGCGGAAGAAAGUCCAGGAGCUGCACCUGCUGCUCAGCACCAAGGAGGACCUCAUCAAGGAGAUGCGGGUGAAGGACAGCGUCCUGCGCAAGCACCAGGAGAGGGUGCAGAAGAUGAAAGAGGAGAGGGACAGCCUCAGCAAGGAGCUGAAGCGAUGCAGAGAUGAGAACUACGAGCUGGCCAUGAGCUACGCCAGGCAGAGCGAGGAGAAGAGCGUGGCGCUGAUGAGGAACCGAGACCUGCUGCUGAAGAUCGACAGCCUGAAGCACAGCCUGACGAAGGCCGAGGACGACUGCAAGUGGGAGCGCAAGCACACGCUGAAGCUCCGGCACGCCAUGGAGCAGCGGCCCAGCCACGAGGCCGUCUGGGAGAUCCAGCGGGAGAAGGACCUGCUGCUGGCCAAGAACAAGGCGCUGGAAAGCACGCUGCAGGUGGCGAAGGAAGGCGGCUGUGCGGACAGCCUCUCCCCAGAGGCCCUGGAGGCGGAGCGGAGGCGGAUGCUGGGCGAGCACCAGCGGCUGCUGGGCGACCUCUGCGACAUGCGCCAAGCGCUCCGGCGGACGGAGGCCGUGCGGGACAAACUUGCGGAGGAGAAGGAGAUGCUGGAGCUGAGCUGUGCAUCCCUGCAGAAAGACAAUCAAAUCUACCAGGACCGCAUCAAGGCCAUUUUGAAACAGAUGGAAGAGGUGGCUGCCGAGAGGGACCAGGCCCUCCUGACCCAAGAGGGGUUCCACAAGCAGUACUCCAACAGCCUGCUGGACAAGGACCUCUACCGCAAGCAGAUCCGAGAACUCGGGGAGAGGUGUGACGAGCUGCAGCUGCAGCUGUACCAGAAGGAGGGGCAGCUGCUGGGUGCCAAAGCCAAGCUGAAGAGGCUGCACCCGGACCCUUCCAGCCUGACUUCAGACCUUGAAGAAACUUCCUCCAGAAGCUCCCAAGAACUGACUUCCCAUGGAAACCUGGAUGAAGAUGUGAAAGAUGCUGAAAAAAAAGAUUUUUCCAGUGCUCAAGACCAACAGUUCGGUGCUCUGGUAAACAUUCCACUUCUUCAGUCAACACAGGAAGGGGAGCCCCUCAGUGGGGAGCCGGAGGAGAGGGGGCACCAGCGAAUGAAGGACAGCUUUGAGCGUUAUCGGAGGAAGCAGGCCCUUAAAAGAAGGCAGAAGGGCAGAUACCACAAAGUGGACUGGGAAAACACAUCGGGGAGCGACAACACGGACACGGAAGGCUCCUGACAGCUUCGGCAACAUCGCUGGGAAGGGGGCAGAACUGGGAAACCCCUUCCCGAGUCCAGCCUUCGCCCAGUCAGCUAGGCUUCCGGCUUCUCAUUCCCCAAGCAACUGGAUGGACACUUGUAGUAUCUUUACUAUUUCUGGCUGAUUGCCCUCUUUGGCCAAAUGGCACUGAAAAAACAUCUUGCCUGAU